AUGAGAAAGUGUUGGAUUGUUGGUAUACUGAUUGUUUUGGGCACAACUAUUGGGGUAGAAGGGUACCCUAUUGAAGAUUUGGUUGAGAGGUUACCAGGGCAACCUAAGGUUAACUUUAGACAAUAUGCUGGUUAUGUUGAUAUUGAUGUAAAGCAUGGAAGGAGUCUCUUCUAUUAUUUUGUUGAGGCUGAUCAUCAUCCUCACAAAAAGCCCCUCACCCUUUGGCUCAAUGGAGGUCCGGGAUGUUCCUCCAUUGGAGGAGGUGCUUUUACUGAAUUAGGACCGUUUUAUCCUAAAAGUAAUGGUCGUGGUCUACGAAUAAAUUCAAAGUCUUGGAAUAAAGUUUCGAAUCUUUUGUUUGUGGAAUCUCCUGCUGGAGUUGGUUGGUCAUAUUCAAAUACAACUUCUGAUUAUACCAUUGGUGAUGAUGCUACAGCCAAUGAUAUGGUUUCCUUCUUGCUGAAAUGGUACGAGAAAUUCCCUUCUUAUCGACAGAGAAAGUUGUUUCUAACCGGAGAAAGCUAUGCAGGACAUUACAUACCCCAGCUAGCUAAUGCUAUUCUUGAUUAUAAUUCCCAUCAUUCAUCUGGUUUCAAAUUCAAUAUAAAAGGACUCGCGAUUGGAAAUCCACUUCUGAAAUUGGAUCGUGAUGCACAAGCAACAUAUGAAUAUUUCUGGUCACACGGAAUGAUUUCAGAUGAAAUUGGUCUUGCUCUUACUCAUGAAUGUGAUUUUGAUGAUUAUACUUAUGAAAAUCCUCAUAAUUUAUCCAAAUCAUGCAAUAAAGCUAUAAUUGAUGCUAAUAAAAUUGUGGGCGAGUAUAUAAACAUCUAUGAUGUGAUUCUUGAUGUUUGUUAUCCAUCCAUUCUUCAACAAGAACUUAAACUGAAAAAGAUGGCUACUAAAAUAAAUUUAGGUGUAGAUGUUUGUUUGAGCUAUGAAAAUGAUUUUUACCUUAAUCUUCCUGAAGUUCAAAAGGCUCUUCAUGCUAAUCGUACCAGUUUACCAUAUUCAUGGUCCAUGUGCAGUGAUUUUUUAAAUUAUAGUCUAUCAGAUCCUAAUAUUGACAUGCUUCCAAGUUUGAAACGGAUAGUUCAAAACCAUAUUCCAAUAUGGAUUUACAGUGGAGACCAAGAUUCAGUUGUGCCAUUACUAGGUACUCGAACACUGAUUCGUGAACUAGCUCAUGACCUAAAAUUCAAGAUUACUGAUCCAUAUAGAGUUUGGUUUCACAAAGGACAGGUUGGAGGUUGGGUAACUGAAUACGGAAAAUUGUUAACUUUUGCCACUGUAAGAGGGGCUGGACACAUGGUACCAUAUGGACAACCUUCAAGAGCAUUGCAUCUAUUUCAAUCCUUUUUGAGUGGGAGGAGAUUGCCAAACACUACUCGACCUUCAAUUUGA